CUUGCGGUCACGUGGGAUUUUGCGGGUCGGUUGUGGGCGGAGCUUGCUAAGCUCCUUUGUUAAGCAAGAGGGACACCGCUGAAAGGCGGUUGUGUUGUCGUAUCUCAGCUGAAUCUUCCAGUAGCUUCAGCAACCAUGUCUUCAGUUCAGUAUCUGAGAGAGUUUAUCAGAGAGCGACUAACUGCGGCUACUGAAGAAAUCUUCACGGAGGUUGAAAAAACCAUCGUCCGCUACGAAGACGACAUCAAACUGCUAGAAAUCUACUGGAAACCACAAAUAAAACUCAACCGAAUCGAUCAGCCACAGCAACAUGUCAGCAUCAAAGAGGAAGUUCUGUCUGAGCCACACAUCUGGAACCAGCAGAGGAGCUUCAUUCAGGAGUCAGAACCUUCACAGACUAAACAGGAACCAGAACCUGUAGAGAUAAAAGAGGAGCCAGAACCUUCAAAGAUACAAUACGUUAUGGAGGAACCUGCUCACCUUCAGAUUAAAGAAGAUACAGAGGAACCAGAACUUGGAGCUACUGUGGUCUGGUACCAGGAAGAAUCCAGACUGCUGGAUAUCUCCUGGAAUUCCCACACUAAUCGCAACAGAAAGGACUUCCAAAAGCCACAAGUUUCAAUUGAGGAGAAAGCUUCAACCGUCCACCAUGUCUGUGACCAACGGCAGAGGUCCAGUCAUGACCAGGAGGAAGCAGAAGCUCCAGUGAUUGAAAAAAGGGAACCAAAACAUCCAUGGAUUAAAGAAGAAGAAGAAGUGGAUGAACCAGAAUCAAAAGAUCCACAAACUAAAUGGAUUAAAGAAGAGAAGGAAUCAGGAUCUCUAUUGAUAGUAGAACAUCAGAAACCAGAACAUCCACAGAUUAAAGAGGGAAAGAAGGACCCAGAACUGGUUCAAGACUGGAAAGAUCCAGAAACUAAACAGAUUAAGGAAGAGAAAGAACCAGAAUCUCAGUGGAUACAUGGAAAAAAUGAGGAAGUAGAUAUUUCAGUGCUUAAACAUGAAGAGAAUAUUUACAUGGUAGACGGGGCCGGAAGCUCCUGUACGAACCUCUGCAGCAGUCAGGAGGGAAAGCUGCUUGUCCAGAAGCAGGAUGUUUCUGUGAUGGAAACAUCUGCUCUUCAGGAAGGCGAUUUCAGUGAACAAGAAAAAACAACCGAGCAGCUUUCCUUUCAAAUUUUUCCUGGAGUUGAAAGCAAUGAUCAGGAAGGAAGCAGCUCCUCUGUGUCAGAGAGUCAGUCUCUUACUAACAAAAAGCAAAGGUCUUACACAUGUGAUAUUUGUGGGAAAGGUCUUACAAGUCAGUGCAACUUGGAAAGACAUUACAGAGCCCAUAAAGGUGAGAAGCCUUUUUCUUGUCAAAUAUGUGAAAAAAGUUUCAGCCAAAUGUAUAGAUUAAAUGAGCACAAGAGAAGCCACACAGGUGAAAGACCUUUUUCCUGUCAAAAAUGUGGAAAAACCUUUGCUCGAAAGGAAUGUUUAAACGUUCAUAAGAAAAUUCAUACAAAUGAGAAGAGUUUUACAUGCGAUACAUGUGGGAAAAGUUUCUCUCACAGUUUUUAUUUUAAGCUGCACAAGAAACUUCAUACAGGUGAGAAGCCUUUUUCAUGUGAAACAUGUGGAAAAUGUUUUACAAUUGGUGCAAAUUUGAAUGUUCACAAAAGAAUCCACACAGGUGAGAAGCCUUUUUCAUGUCAAAAAUGUGGAAAACGCUUCUCUCGAAUUGAUCAUUUACAUAAACACCAGAGCAUCCACACAGGUGAGAAACCUUUUCCAUGUCUAACAUGCGGAAAAAGUUUCUCUCGGCUUCAUCAUUUAAACACACACAUGAAAAUACACACAAGUAAGAGGGAUUUUCCAUGUGAAGUUUGCGGAAAGAGCUUCAUGUAUGCUAGUAAACUGGAUUACCACAAGAAACAAAAACACAAAAGUGAGAAGUAGUCAUUUAUCUCACACAGAUUUAUCAUACAUAUUAAAGCUUUUCUUUGCUUUUUUUUCUUUGUAAAAUAUAUCAAAAAAGGAAAAGGCAGAAAUUGUUUUUAAACAUGGUUAGGAGUGAGGGUGGGAUAUUUGGUUUAUCACACUUUUCGGACCAGGUCUUAGGAAACCUCUCUGAGUUUGUGAACGUCAGCAGAUUGGACCUAAUGGACAAAUGUCUUUUUUAUGCCACAGUCAACCCCUGACUAGUUGGGAGAUUCCUAUUUAUGUUUGCUGUCUGUAGUGCAUAUCAGUAAGAUAUUCGAAAGAAAAUAGAUUGGAAAUUGAAAUACUUAAGUGAGAUGCUACUUGAGAAUUUCUCUCAAAUUUGUCAUUUAAAUCGUCACAAGACAAGUCAUACAUUUGAGAAGGGUUUUCACGACAAACAAUACAUUAAUCAACAUUAAAUAAGUACAAGCGUAAUAAUAAAAUGAUUUCCAUAAUAUUGCUUCUUUGUUUUUGUUGUCUCUCCUUCUACAAAGAGACUGGAUGACAUAAAGUUUCACUCCUGUGACUCCUAUUAUUUCCUUCCCUCUGGUUUUCUUGGUAACGGCUAAACACACAAGGAGCUAAAAGUCUCAAUUUUCUUCCACUCCGGCUGAACCCAACAUCUGGCACAGAUAGCGACGACAGCAAAAAAAGAUAAAAAGUUUCCAACUUUGUGGCAUAGCGUCUAUGACCCCCGCGUGUAUGAGCUACAAAUGUCACAUGCAGAAAUUAUGUCUUUUGCUCGGCUGGAUGAGAGCUAGCAACUGUCGCCUCACCACGCAAUCUCUUUAAGAAGGGAACCUUCAUCAGUAAAUAUGGAUCUUUGCUUUUUUAUAUGGGUCUUAAGUUUAUACUGUUAAAUAGUAAAACAAAAACAAUAUUAUUGACAAUGGCCCUAGUGUUUUUUCUAUUUAUGUAAAUAUUAACCCCUGUCGAUCAAGAGCCUUUAGGAUUAUCAUAACAUUUCCUUCCUUUAUGCAAGCUAAUGUAUUGGCACUGAAAAUUAGCAUGUGUGCAGAUAAGGUUAAAGUGUUCGUUUUUGAAAAAUAUUGCACUGCAUUUUACAUACAGUAGAUCAUCUGUGGUGUAACUACAGUAAAACUGCGGAAGAAACUGCAAGUAGCCAAUCAGGACGCUUUCAGAAUUCUCAGUUUUCCACAAUGAACAUCUGCAAGUCAACUGUUUGUCAUGAGUAGCAUACCAACCUUUUAUGUUUUGCUUAGGAAUUUCAUGUAAAAAUGUAUGUGUUGACUGGAUGUAUCGAACCACUUAACAAUUAAAGCUCUUGACAAUUGCAA